UUUACCAAAGCAAUAUUUUUUAAUGUAUAUAAUAAGAACUUCUGACGAAGUAACCUGUAACCAAUCAAAGAGUAAUUCGCUACUUUAGAUGGAACUAGCUAUCGAAUUUAGUUGAAACAAUCACGAUAUUACUGCAUCAUGAACGAGGGUAAAAUGAAAUUAAUAUAUGAGGAACCGGAGGAAAGUGAUUUAGUUGCCGAGACUGAGUCGGAGGAGCACAUGGAGAGUCAAAAUACGAUUCCUCUUCCCAAGCACAAUCGUCGCAGCUACGUCUGGAGAUACUUUACACCUGUGCCUGACCACUCCGAAGUAUAUAGAUGCAAGAUAUGCAGUGAGACCUUUGGCAACAAAACCGCCAAUCUAGGACGCCAUUUACAAACGGUUCACAGCGUCAGCGACAUCCAUCUUGAGGAUUCAGUAAAGAAGGGACGACCGAAUCGCAGCAUCGUUUGGAACUUUUGCACCAAGCUAGAUCACAAGCGCGCACUUUGUCAUCUGUGCAAGAAGGUGCUAUAUUUCGGUGGCGGCAACACUUCCAAUAUUACAAAGCAUCUAAAACGGAUGCACGCUGAGAAAAUAGAUGAAAUGGCAAACCGAAUGCCGAGAAACGUUCGUUGGGGAACCGAAACGAAGUCGUGCACAAAGGAGCGCAGGGGAUCCAGCUAUGUAUGGAACUACUGCGAAAAGCUGACGAAGAACACAGUUCUCUGCAAGCUAUGCAAUCGAAAGAUGCGAUUCCAUGGAACGGCGAAUGUCAUAACGCACCUGCAGCGCAGACACGAUAUUAUGGAUGAAACCAGCUGUGUUAAAAUAGAAUCACCUGGCAAUAUACAAGAAGCUGCCAUGUCCAGCACCAACGAGAAUGCCACGUCCCGCAGGAGCAGUGUCAGUGGCAGUGUGGUCUGGAAAUACAUUACGCGUCUCUCGGAGGAUACGGUGCGUUGUCGGGUUUGCCUCAAGAACUUGUCGUAUCAGGGCACCAGUAAUCUGCAACGUCAUCUCCAUCGCAUGCACAACAUUAUCUGGAACCUUCAAGAUACAUCGCUGCCAGUCAAAACCGAGACAGAUCCAUCAAGCGAGGAUUCAUUCUUCGAUUUUUGUGAAUCCACCAGUGAUCCGUCGGUGUGGAAGUGCCAAAUGUGUGAGGAGCACUUCGAGGACAGCGAACACAUGCAGGAAAACAUCAGCACACAUAUGAUUAAGGUUCACGGAGCUGCCAUGCGCAGAGAUUAUGGUGAUGAGUCUCCAGCCACAGAAGGCGAAGAACAACAGUUUGUCACCCUAUAUUCCCCUAUUGCUGGAGACGACGCUGAGAGAGCUGCCGAUCAGGUUGACAUUGCAGUUCCAGAUACCGAUACCGAUGAAGCACUCUAUAACGAAAUUAUUGAGGUUGAAGAAGACGAUCUCAACGAUCUGGACGAUGUUGGAGAGCAGUUAAUCGAAAGCGAGAAUUGUGAGAACUCCCUCUCCGCGCAAUCGGGUGAAAAUGUUUACUCCGACUUUAGUAAUGACAGCAAUGAUGCCCAGCUGGUGACGACAACGAUUCAAGCCGACGAUACGCCACUCAUGAGGGAACUCAAAGAAGAUCUGUUGCGACAGCAGGCAAUAUAUUUUAGCGAGAAAGCUGGUUUCUAUCGCAUGCAGAAGUUUCUGGUUGCCCAACAGGUGCGAAAGGAGCGUCUGGAAUUCGAAAGACUAAACGCGAUGGGGAAAAGCGAAGAGUCUGUUAAUAAUCUGACGAGCUCAUAACAAUUCGAUUUAUUUCUUGUAUUUAUUAAGAAUAAUGUAUAUAAGUUCAAACUGUUACAUAGGCCAACUGUCAUUACUGUUUUUUAAAUCAUAUAAUAUAUUUGUGUGUAAUAUUAUCAUAACAAAAUAA